GCAGAAAAAAUGGAUAGCGGUGGUUGGCUUUCGACAAGAAAUAAAACAAAGGUGGUACCAAAACAGACCCGAAUCAAAAAGCGAGCAUCUCUUGGUCGACCACGUCCCAUGACAACGUCGAGUUCAUCACGAGGCACUUCCUGCUUUCCGCUCACACAAAACUCCCCUCCACCCCGGCAGCUCUUCACCGCCACAAAACAAGCUUCAUUAGACCAGUUCUUCGGCACAGCUGAAGAGCCUGCCUUUGAACACGAGCUUCACUUUAACACAGAAGACAACAACAGUGAUGAAACUCAUGAAGAUACUAAUUCAUCUCGCCAACCUAGGCAGCGGUGUGCCAAAGCAUUACAAAUGGAGGAAGAUGAGAAUAAAUCAAAGACAAAUAUCAUUGAUGUAUAUGAAUGUGAACCAGACCGUGCGAAGUAUGUGAAUGAAUGGUUGUCUUCUAAAUACGUUGACCCGACUGUUGACCCAGUCCGGAAUCACCAUGGAGAUGGAACACGGUAUGAAGUGAAGGAACGAUCAAGUAAUUCAACUCCACCCCAGGCAAAUUUUGCAGUUAUACCGCCUCCUGGUAAAAGAAAGCGAUCUGGAGCUGACAAUGAAGAAGAUCUUUCUUCUUGUAAACGAAAGGCUAUCUGUUAUGAUUCAAGAAAUGAACAUGGUUAUGAUGAAAGUCUUCCCAAAGAUCAGAGAACAGAUAAAAACGAUUUAGAGUUUUCCAAUGAUUCUGCCGGAAAACAAAGUCCAGAGAAAGAGACGUCUAGAAUCAAUAAAAAUAUAAAUUCGCAAAUAGAUGGAUUGACAGAUACAAUUUCAAACAGUGACGACGACUCGCAACAAUGUUCUUCAACUAAAACCAACGAAUUUCUUGACCUGAAUGUUAAUGGCGAUCAUCCAGCAACGGGUAUCGCUGUUAAGCAGAACAACUUAUCUCAAACUCGCACUGAAAUAGAAACUGAUGAUAUUGGUGCUUCUCUAGAUCUGGGCAGCUUACAAAAUACGGCAGUUCUAAGCCUGGAUGCAAGCCUUCACUUCGAGUCUGAACUUCCGCUUUCUCAAACUGGUUCUCGGGGUUAUAUGGACACUAGAGGCUUAUUGCCGACGGAUUCGCAGCUUUUAGCAUCUCUUCCUGACACUCUCGAUUUGACUGGUUGUUAAAUAUGGGAACAAUAUCUUGUUGGCCUACUCGCUUCUCCCCUAUGCGACCCGGGUUCGAUUUCCGGCGAGAGCGUAUGUGGACUUGGUUUGUGGUCACCAAGCCGGACAGGAUACUCCGGAUCCACCCACAACACAAUACCACACUCUCGCGUAAAAUCAACCAACGAGAGUAAUUAAUAUAAUGUUGUGAUAACUUUAUAAUCGUUGUAAAAAUAAAUAGGUUUAGACUAAAACUUAUCUUUUUGAAUAU